UUCUUCCUUCUCUCUCUCUCUCUCUCUCUCUUGCUUUAGCUCUCUAUAUUAACAGCUACCCCUUCGUUCCCUUUGUCCACCCCUCACUUGCACUCUCUCAUUUUGAACUGCUUCUACUUCUACUAGUAGUUCAAAACCAGCAUAGCUCGGUUUCCACGGCCAAAGUUCUCUACGCAACAACCACCUUCAAAAGGGACACUUCAAAGUUAUUUUUUGGAAGUCAUGGAAAGGCUGAACUCAAAGCUGUACCUGCAGAACUGUUACAUAAUGAAGGAGAAUGAGAAGCUGAGGAAGAAAGCUCAGCUUCUCAACCAGGAGAAUCAAGCCCUGCUAUCUGAGCUGAAACAGAAACUCUCCAAGGGCAACCCAAAGGCAAACCAACAAAGCAGUACUGACCUUAGCUCCAGCUCUAACCCAAACCCUCCCAAUUCUGGCAAACCCUGAUCCACCCAGGAUAGGCAUCUCAUGACCCCACAAACACUACCCUGUCCCUUUUUUGUGUAAAAGCAAUUGUCAAAAGUGUAGUAGUAGUAAUAGUUCUAGUUCUGGCUUUAGUUAAAUAGGACAGUAGUAAUAUGUUUCUACAAGGGUCAUUUCUAUUUUCAUCUUUCUUUAUAUCUCUUUUGUGGGGAGGGUGUCAAAUUGUGGAUUUCUCAACAGUAAAGUUGUAUCAAGCUG